AUGGCUGGCCCACUCACUACUACCUGUGCCGCCUCGCUCUCUCAUGGCCCACUUUCCCCUCCCCCGCCUCUCUCUCGCUCUCACUCCUCUUUCUCUCACUCGCCCUCGCGAUCUCCCGCAUUCCGAACGUACGAACUCUCCCUCAGUGGCCGUGCUGGGCUGCUGAAAAGGGAGGAAUUCUUGUGAUAAGGACCACGGCGCCUUGCCCUUUGAUAGCUGGUGGCGGGAGGCGUGAGGGAUGGGUGCAGUGUUUUCUUGCCUCUGUGAAUGAGUGACACGUGCAAGUGGGUCAUUGACCUUUGAAAAGCAUCAUUAUAGAGCUUCCCUAGUGCAUGACAGAACGGGUGGGCAUUGGGUUUGUGUUGUGUGUGUUGAGUGUGUGUUGCGUGUGCUCGGUGGAGUGUUGCGGGAUUCCUGGAAGAGCGGCCAAACCUGAGAUGUCAUUAUGGAGGACGGUUUGUUAAGUCUAAAGUGGAAUAACCACAAAACUACCUUCUUCGACAUCCUCAGGGUUCUAAGAGAGAAGGCCAACUACACAGAUGCCACGAUCGCGGUGGAAGGCAAGUUCUAUCCAGUGCACAAACUGGUUAUGAGCACAUGCAGUGAAUACUUUAGUGAAAUAUUUGAACGGACACCAUGCAAAUCACCCGUUAUAGUGCUCAAAGAUGUGCGCAGUCAGGACAUGGACGCACUACUCGACUAUAUGUACCUGGGGGAGGUGAAUGUGAACCAGAACGACCUCGCAUCCCUCCUCAAGACAGCCGAGUGCCUCCGUAUCAAGGGCCUGGCAGUGCCCGACGAGGACCCCACCAAGAGCAAGAAGCAGCACCUCCAAGACGACAGGAGAGAAAGCCCGCCGCCCAAGAGGAGACGGCACGAAGACUCCUCCUCCUCCACCUCACAGACCCUCCGGCCGGUCUCGCCCCCGCCAGCCUCCAGCCCCGUCAAAAACUCGUCCACGUCGGGGCCGGGGGCGGGGGCGGGACCGGGCGGGCCACAACACACAUCCACGGGUCAGGGUCAGGACUCCUCGCAUGACUCCAUUGACCCGCCGCCCAUGGUCAAGGUGGAGAUGGAGGAGGCGGAUGACCUAGAGGACGGGUACAGGCGGGACAACAACUACGAGGGGGGCUCCAUCAAUGAGGGUGACACCGGCGACUAUGGCUCCGAGGUCUCCAAGUCCGAACACGACCCAGAGAACUACGGCAGUGGCUCCUAUGCGGGUCCCUCCUUACAACAGGGGGGGGAUCACCCAUGGGAAGAGGGAGACUCCAGCAGCUUCCCUCCCGAAGGCUUCGCAGGGGACCUCCCAUCCGGCCAGCAACCUCAAGGGGAUGAAGACGACGAUGAUGAAGAAGGACCCCUGACUGUGGCCGCCCCGCUGAGCAGCCCCAAUGGACCUCCCCUUCUCACACCGAUCUCACAGGCUCGUCAAUGCCAGCUGUGUCUGGUGACGCUCGCCAACGCCAACCUGCUGCGCCGCCACGUCGAGGACCACCACUUCCACAUCCGCAAGUAUGACUGCGCCCACUGCGGCAAGAAGUUCAAGCGGAAGGAGCACAAGGAGCGACACGAAAGGAUCCACACCGGGGAGAAGCCGUUCGCCUGCUACAUCUGCAACGCAAGGUUCACUCAGAAGGAGCACCUCAAGGGCCACAUAGAGAAUGUUCACCACAAGCACGGAGAGAAGGGCCUCGAGGGCAUGGGCGACCUCGACGACCGGGACGACAAGGACGAAGAUGACCCUGACCUCCCCACCUCCUCCGCUUCCUCCCCUCCUCCCAGCGUUCCCUCGUCCUCCUCCCCUUCCCUUGCCCCUGUGUCCUCCCUCAUCUCCCUGGCCUCCUCUGCCUCCCCGCUAGCCUCCAUCCUGCCCUCCUCCACCCUCCUGGCCAACACCGCAGCUGUCACCUCCCUCACCCCCUCCUCGGCCUCCUCCCCGGCCCUCAUCCCCGCCAAUGAUCUCAACAUGAACCAGUUUACGGCCCUCUACGCACCAGUCACCCGCAAGACAGUGAAUUCUCCCAAUAAGCACAUGCAGACCAUCACCAUUAAUUUUAACUGAUCAGUGCCAAGAAGCGAGUAUUAUGCCAUCAUCAUUGUGUUUGUGUCCAUUUUUUUGUACUAUGUUCAUUUGUGUUGUCCCUCAGUUCUUACGUCCGAAUCAUCCAGAAUUCACUGCCAUAUUAAGUGGUGAUGGCUGUUGGUGUGUUUGGCCAUUGCUCUCAUCCAUGUGUUUUUUUAUGUAAGAGUAGCUUGUUUUUUUUUGUAAUUUCCUUCAUCAGUCUGUCGCCAGAAGGUAGAUAGAGUAAGAGAUUAGUUAAGGCGCAUCACUGACUACUGGCGCAGCCUUGUAUUGUGCUGUGUGCGGCGUGUAGGGCUGCUCUCCUUGUUCCUUAGUUUGCUACUGAGUUACCAUGAAAUCACCAAAAAAUUAGCUUCCUGUAGGUGAUGUAGUUAGCAUAAUAAUACGUAGAUGCAGGACUGAAAUAAGACUAAGGCUCGCUAGGACUUCCCAGUACUAUUUCCACUAAGGCUACUCCCUCACGAAGGUCAGUUGUGGCGCCUCGUCCUCCAGCCGGCGCCACUGCUUCUCAUCCCUCCAGCACUGCGUGAACCUGAAGCCUUUCCUUGUCUUACUAAAUGUAGCGUUAAGGUGUUAGAUUAGGGCCGUUAAUGUAGAUGUAGAGACAUGUACUUUAAGAAGGGUACCUGGACAAAAGACACUGCUGUGCUGGCUAGCCUCUCGGCAGCCCACCGCCGCCCCUGCAGCCUAAGACAGAAGGGGCCGGGGGUGGGCCGCCAGAGGGGGCCAUCUGUGAUACAUCUCAUGUUUUCAUCAUUAACGAAACGAAAGUUGUUUGUUCCACGCUGUUUGGUGUUGAUUGUAAUGCUAUCUGAAGUUGUGGUUUAAAAUGUUGUUGGUUGAUGGCAAGUUUAUAGUUUCAGAGUAGAUUUUUUAUGGAUUUGAAUCUGCUAGAAUCCGGUCUUGUGGUCAGGGCCCUGCUGCUGGUUCCCCGCGUACCAGAGUCGAGACAGACGAGCAACACAAACAGCCGCGUUAUGAAGAGUAGGUGACAUUAGCUGCUGUUAGUCCCGUGUGUAGCGCCGAUGUGCCGCCCUGAUGAGGCUUCUCAGAGGGGUCUUGGUCUUCACUCUACUGGUGCCUUCCGCUUCCAGCUUUCCCGGGCAUUUACCGUAACUUUGCUCACGUGUCUCACUGUCCAUAGUGCAUCGUAGUCUUAUGUUUAAUAUCUCCUUGUUACCCAAAGUCCUCGAUACGUGCUGUUGGUGCAUUUCCAGAAAACACCUCGGAUGAAGCAAGACAAACAGAACUCGCUUUCAAUGUCUGCGAGUGAUGAGGAAAAUUAAACUGUUUAGAAGUGCCUUGAAACCCAUCACCUCAACUCUUAUUCUUUGCAUUUUUCUACUUCCUCAGGCCCAGUGGGGUUACCUCCUGCAUUGAAUAACAUGGUAAUCAUAUUCCUGAUUUCUCAAGGACAAUUUUCACUGUCCAUGAUAUUUUGAAUUGUGCAUAGAGUAAGUAGUUCAUGUUCUCCACUCUUAAGGUAGGAAAGCACACUGAUGGUUGGGAAUUGAGGAAGCACACUUUUAUAAUCUUGCUUCUCAGUGAUUUAAGCCCAGAAACCAACCUGUAUCAAGAUCACAAGAUUUGAAGGUGUGGCUUGAGGGAUGUGUGAUGCGGGGCAGUCAUCCUAAACAUGGCAUUAGUGUUGGUGCUAAAGACAGAGGUGUUGGCAGCGGACGACUCAACGUUGUGCCGCUGUGCUUAAAAAAUCAAAUCAGUUAAAGACAAGAUAGGCUGUGAGGAAAUGCUGAAAGGUUUCCUGCAUCAAGAUCAUGAGCUGCCCAGAGAGCAUUUAGAUAUAGAUAUUCAGGCUGAGAAAAUGUAUGCAGCCUAGCAGCUAGUGUGUGACCCCAUCCUUACCUUACCUAGUAGUUGAAAAAUGCUAAAGACAUGAGAUUCUUGUGUCCGUUUACAUUAAUAAAGCCUCACCAAUAAGACUUCAGGCUAUUGCAACUACUACUACUACUACUGCUAUGAAUUCCUGGCUAAAUGAUAUCAGGGCAAGUUUUAUGAAUUUCUAUCUUUAAAAAAAAAUGAUCAGGUCUUUCUCAGCCCAAUUCAGUGUAUCCUAAGGAGUGUUGGUAAUGAUAAAUAAAAGUCUUGCUCUCUUAUCUGCGGCAGCGGGACCACGGGACAGCACUUCUAAGAGGACUUUUGGUAUUUCGCCGCUCAACGUUUUUUCACUGGUGCUUGAUUUUCUUCCUCAUUGUAUUGUAUUCCAGUCGUGACAACAUGAUCUCAUAAUAUGUUUUGCGUCGCCCUCCACCACAGUGUUGCCAGACAGAGAGGGCGGCCAGACGUCACCAGGAUAGCCGUGACUGCUGCUGUUGCCCCACUAACAGUCUGUGAAGGGGAAGUUGAACAUCUCUCAGCAUUUAGAUUAUAAAGACAUAUCAGUUUGGCGAGGAUCUUGAGAGGUAUGAUCACUUGGAGACCUGAUAUUAUGUCUGUUUUCUCAUGUAUAAUUGUUGUUUUCAAAUGAUGCCUCCCCAAUCAGGUCCAACAACAGUAAACUCAUAUUGGGGUACAAGCUGAGAGUGGCCAGUCUGGAAGCUGUAGGUGGGCAGAUAAGAAGUGGGAUCUGCCAGUGGAGUAAGUUGUAGCCAUAUACUAUUAUAAGCGAGAGAGUGAGAGGACAGGAGUGUCUCAGAGGGGAGUGUGUGAACAGAUCCAAGAGACAAUUUCUCUGUCAUGGUUACCUCAGCAAGGGAGUUUCAAAGGACAGAAUAGAUUAAAUGGUUAUUGUUAUGAUCUGUUUAUCACUACUUGACUCUGUGCUUGGUGGGCUGGACCUCAGUAACAGCAGCUCAUGGGACAAGCAAGUGAUUGUGUGUGUGUAUGUGUGUGUGUGUGAGUCUGUUUACCAUUAAUUCUAGGCUUGACAAUUUAAUAAUCUUGGCUUGUAUGUUUCCCUCACUCAGCCUGGUGGUGGUUGCUUAGCUUGCUUGGCCCAGGAUAAAGUUUUGGCAUUAAUUACAAUUGAUGCAUCAGUGUAAGAACCGAAGAAUCAGUCAGGUGAUGGACACUCGGAAGAGAUGAGCUCAGUUCGCCUCUGCUGUAGAAACUAAUCCUGUAACAUGAUAUUUUUCUUCAUGGGUUUGCUGUAUGUGGGCAUUUUCUUAUCUAAUUUUCAGCCCUCAGCCUCCAUGCGCCUGACAUUUGCACUCACACGAGGAAGCUACUCCUGUGUGUUGAUAUAUGAAGUCUUCCUUGAGUGUUAAGGUUUCUUUGUGAGUACGUCUAUAGCUUUUCCUGGUCUUUCUCAAUCUCUAGACAGCGCCAGAUGUUUAUGUUGCUUGAAAUAUUAUUAAUUCAGCAAUCUAUCCAGGCAGUUGGGUCUAAGCAGUGCUAUUUCAAGUUCUUAUGUUCCACUCCUCCUCUACAGAUACAUUUACUGUGUACGUUGUGGGUGAUGGUAUGAAUGUUAAGCCUACAUUAACUUGUUUCUGUUUUUACAUUAACUUAUCCCAAUUGAAUUUUACUUGUACUUAUUUCUGUUAAUUCUACAUGUACUUAUUUCUGUUAGGUCUGCAUGUACUUAAGCUGGGCUGGGAUGGUGGUGUGUUGCUGCCUUCCUGGAUGUGUUUGUGAUGACUUGUUAUUGUUGCCAAGGUCACAAGUGGUUACCUUCUUUGUUAUGCACGGAAGUUUACUAAGCACAUCAUUGUCUUUUCUGCUUGCUCUUUUCAGUGGUCAGUAGACAAAGACUAACAAUUUGUACAAAAGAAUUUAGAAUGGUAUGCCUGUGUUACUAAUAUUGUUGAUGCCAAGGGAACAAGCACAUAAGAUGAUCAUUGAGUAUUCUUUAGUCUUUUGCUGUUCUCCUGUAGAUCUCCGUCUUUCCUGGGCUUAAUGUGAUAGCUUUUAAUGCACGAUAUUUGAUCAUUGAUUCUCAUAAAAAUCAAAGUGAUGUAUUUCCUGGCAUACAAGGCAUACUUUUUUUUCUGAAGUUUCUGGAUUUGCUUUCUACAUUCCAUACUCAAAAUAAGCCAAGAUUAGGGUUAAGAUUGAUAAGUGCUGUGAUUCAUUUUACCCGAACAUUCCUGCCAACACAAGAUGCAUCAUUCACUAGGAAACACGGCGCACGACAAGCAUGAUCAACAGACUGAGGCCGUGUGAUUGAAAUGGUGAUAUCUUGUAGCUGUUACUGAUAGGAUAAAUUCAAGUUGUUAUUGGAUUUUUUAUUAUUCAUUGAAGUUUCUUUUAAUAUUUAUCACUGAAAUUUUCCAUCUGUUUGCUGUUACUACUAAAGUUUUCCCUGUUAGUUGAUUAAGUGUCCCCUUGAGCGAGGCCAGAAGAUCCACCUGCCGACCUGCUGUCCUCACCUCUCUCCUCUUAAGUUAGCUGUAAGGUGCAGUGUUCUCUUCCUCAUGACUUCACUUGUGCUCAGCUUAUUUUCUCUAUACAUAUAUAUCUGAGCACAGCAACAGUUGCCAAUAAUUUGUAGUAUUGAACGUUUUUUAAAUAUAUGUGCAAGUAUGUUUGUGUGAGCGAGUGUGUGUAAUGUGAAAAUUACAGGGAAUGUUUUUUAUUAUGUUUUGUUAAACUUGGAUGUUUCUAUUGAAUUUUUUGUUAUGAUUAUGAUAGUUUUGUGUUUAUGUCCAUAAAAGAAGAUUCCCUCGGCACAGUGUUAGAAGAAAAUUGUUAACUAUAAUUCUAAGUUGAAAUAUUUAUAACCUAAAGUAUCAAAAGAAUGUAGUUUGAAGUUUUAGCAUAAUGGUUUAUGCUCCAAUAACUCAUUCAGUUCAUGAUGUAACUGCUUAACACAACAGAGCUUCCAUCGCCACCUCAUUCUACAGACUUACCAUUGCUGCUGCACAACACAGUGGAGGGGGACGGGUGGCCCACUGUGAAAAGGAUACCAAUUCUCCCUAUGAUAGAUCCCCCAUGAUUAAUCCCAGGGUCUAUAUAAGCAAGUCAAGGGAGGGGUGGGAGGCUCCCUCGUGAUACCUUGAUACUGGAAGGGGCCCCAAAUGUCUAGCUAAGCCUUCUUGGCCCCAAGUGUCUAGUUGAGCCCCUGACAUCACAGAGGGCGACGCAUGCCUCAGCCUUACACCGCUGCCUCAAGACAGAGCAGCGGGAGCCUCACAGAUGCACUUUUCACUUUGUUUCAAGCAGUAUUAAAACAUGAGUGUGCAAGGCAUGCAUAACUUGUUGAAUAGGAAGUAAUAUUAGUUGUGCUUCGUAAUGAACUUUUCACUUCACUUAACAGAGUGAGGUGAUGUGCACACCCUGUUAGAGUUCAAGAGUUAGUGAUACUAUAGUGGGUAAAUUAUAAUUAGUAGUAAUUAAGAUUAAAGGUCCAUUUCUUUAUCGUAAUUUAAAUUUGGUGUCACUUAAAAUUUUUAGUUUAGUUGUUGUUACUUUGCCUUGGAAGUUAACAUUCCAUUAGUGCUGAUUAUUUGUAUCAUGAGUUGUUGCAUAAAUUUAUUAGGUUAUGGCUUAAAUUUAUUAGGGUAAUUUUGUAAUAAGUUUGUUCAGUUUUCCAAUAGUUGUUGAGAUUUCCUUUCGGCCAGUUGGCGUGAAGGUGUUGGAGAAAUUAAUACUUAUACUUUUCAUUGUCAUUAUCGAUUAUGAAAUUCUAAAAGCUUACUUGAGGAAUUAGGAGUUAUCAAAGUAACAUUUUACAAGUGGUAAUGGAUAAUUUUGUAAGACUUAAUUUAAAAGAUUAGUUUAGGUACAACGUUAAUGAAUAGGAAAAAAGAAAAAAAAACACUUGUGGAUAGAAAAAUAAAACCAUGAACUUAGAUGGGCUCUGGGAGGGUAAAGUAGUAGAAGAAGUAUACAUGCCAUCGCUACAUGCAUCCAUACAUCCAUACAUCCAUCCCUACGAAACAUACAUAGCCCCUCACAUACCAGGGUUCCAUAUCAGUGUCAGUGUGUACGAGAGUCCCAUCGAAUGCCAGUGUGAGGCUGUUCCGUGCCAGUAUGCUUCCACUAGUGCCAGAGUGAAGCCUGAGGUGCCACAAUGGGCUUCACCUGUGCAAGAUUCUCAACAGUCAUAGUAACCCUUUCUUUAAUGUUAUGAACUAAGCUGCUUGGUGUGAGCUGAGAAAUUAAAUGCUGCCUUGUGUGUUCUGAGAGUUGUGAGUUUGAGUGGUUUUGUAAUUGUGUGAUUGUGGAUAAAGUACUUUUCUCUUGCCUUCCGAUACAUGUCAUGGGGUAAAUUGAUAUAACAGCCGUCUGGAUAUAUACUCCAUGCCAUAGUAUUAGUUUAUUUGGUUAAUAUCCUUUUUUUCCUCAUUGUGAAUCUAUCAGUUAACCCGUCUGCUGCAAUUGGCACGGAUUUCGCCUUCACUGGUAGCCUGGUAACAUAUGCUCCCAGGUCUUUCUCUGCCUCUGUGGUGGAUAGUAGAGUGUUUCCCAUGUGGUAUUGGUGUGCUGGAUAUCCCCUCCCAAGGCACAGGACUGUACAUUUUUCUUCAUUGAAUUGUAGCAACCACUUCUUGUUCCACUCCUGUAGCUUGGUGACAUAUACUCCCAGGUCUUUCUCUGCCUCUGUGGUGGAUAGUAGAGUGUUUCCCAUGUGGUAUUGGUAUGCUGGAUUUCCCCUCCCAAGGUGCAUGACUUUACAUUUUUCUUCAUUGAAUUGUAGCAGCCACUUUUUGUUCCACUCCUGUAGCUUGGUGAGGUCUUCUUGUAGGAAAUCCGCAGUCAAGGGGUUAAAAUCAGAUACAGUAAUUUUCUAGCCCUCUCACAGGCAUGGGGUUCAAUUGGUGGUGCUGAGGGGCUGCAAGGCACUAAUGUACAUAGGAUCAUGUAGAUAGAGAUGUGUGCAAAUUACAGAACUUGCAGGAGUGCUUAAACCUUACCUCCUCAAAAAUGAUCUCAGCUUCACUUUUUCAGUCACCACUUUUAUAAAAAAUUAUGUGUAUCUUUGGCACAACCUCAGCUCUCUCUAUCACCAAGGAAACCACUCAAGGCUCCCCUAAUUGAAAAUCUUAGAGUGUCCACUGCUUCUUCCCUUUAUCCACCUUAGAUCAUAUUACCUUAUUUACAGUGGCAUGGGUUGAGCUCUGCAUAUGAGGGAGCCGUGGGGGGGCCUCUGGUUAUCUGUGGGGAAGCCAAGUGCCUUAACACAAUUAUACUAUUUGUCAACCCUUCAAGAUAUUCUAAAGCAGAGUUUUGAGCAUAUGGCCCCAGUUCACCCAGCUGUUCAUCCUCUCUUUCGGGCUGGUCAAUACAUUGGUACCUGGGGACAUCUGGGGAAGGUAAACUGUGGUAUUCAAGAUGUCACACUUGUCCAAGCUUAAGGGUCAGUGAGGCAGAUGGGCACCAAGGCCUCAUGGAGCUUAUUAUAUGCCCCAAACAUUACCUUUACUUUACUGCCUUCUCCCAGCCUAGACCUGUGAUUGGGGAAUAUUUGGAGGAGAAUGAGUGUGACUGUUGGUGACUGGAUGGGAGGUGAAAGUGCACAGUUAUGUUUCUCAGCUCAGAGUAAGCAGAUUGUAGUGGUGUUUGGAGAAGAUGAGAACUCUUAAAUCCAUCGUCAAACAUAUAUGAAGUUGUAUUGGUCAGUUAGUAAGCAUCUAUAGUCUUUUCCUUAAAUUAUUAUUAUUACUACAAGCAUCUCAAAAAUCAUAAUUUACUAGUCCAACUUUGUUCCUUAUUUUGUAACUACUACAUACAUAAUUAACAUGCUACACCAACGUCUAUUUUGUGUGCUUCCAUGUUAUUCCCGUGAACUGGUUGUGAGUAGACGUGAAGCAAGUGUUGUAGGCUAUAACUAUUUUUAAUAAUAUUAUUCUUAUCAUUAUUAUUAAUUAUCAUUAUUACUAUUUGUUCUUCAUCUUCCUAUAAGAUUCUCAAGAAAAAACAAACAUUCCAGUUACUGAAACAUUCCAUUAGACGUAUAUUUUUUCUAAGAAAUUGUGAUGUUUAUAUAAAAGAAUGAAUAAUUGUUUUUACCUCUAUUUUAGCUUUAAAGUCUAAUAUUAUGUACUUCUUCUCGCUUGGUGUUGGGUUCUAAAAGCUUAUUAAAUGCUUAAAACUGCUCAUGA